AUGUUGAAGGACGAGGACGAGCCGGAGGACGAAUGCGAGGAGGAGGAGAAGGAGGACGAAUGCGAGGAGGGGGAGGACGAAAGCGAGGAGGAUGACUACGACGACGACGCGACCCUGAGCGAGGAUGAAGCCGAAGAUGGCGAGAAACUGCGCUUGGACAUUCCAGCCGAAGCAUUUACCCAGCCAAACAGCGCGGACAACACGUCGACCACAUCCGCGCUUUUUCGAACGAUACUCAAGCGCUUCCCCUUUCCGGCGUAUUAUGACAGGUGGGCAUCCAUCAAGACCACGAUCAAUCAAUGCUGGAACUUGGAGCCCAUCUCGGCGGCCAAAUGCAAGGUCGAGACGCGUCUCAUCCGCCUACUAGAGCAGUGGAAACCUCGGGUGGUGAGCGACGAGGAGAUCAGAGUGCUCGUAUACAAGAUCUACGUCAGGCUGUGGGAGGCGCAGGCCGAUGGGACGAAGACUCUCUGGAUACAAGCACCGGGGGUUCGAUGUGCGCUCGACCAGUUCUUCAUUCAUGUCGGGUUGCCGCCAUUCCACUGGAAGGACGCCCAGACCAAACGGAGGACGUGCCGAUGUCCGGCCUGCCUGUCCUGCCGCGCCGAGUCCAGCAAGUGGCGGGGCCAAAAUUACCUCCUCUACCAGAGCCUAAUCGAUAACGAGGACCUGGGCGAAAUGAUCCGGACAUAUCAGCGCCGAGCGCUGAUCGUCGCUGCUUUCCCGGGCAAGAAGCAGCAGGACAUCGAUGCGAUGUGCGGCCAGUGCGACGACUUCAAGCGACUCAAGGGGUUCUGCGAGUUUGUCGAAGACGAUCUCAAGGGGAAAAUCAUCGAAUACGUGGAAGCCACCGCUGCGCUUUUGCGCAUGAGGAAGCAAUUGUCCAACUCCGUUACACCCAAAAAGAAACUGGCGAAGUUGAUGCUGGAGAAGCGCAAAGUGACGUUGUCUCAAGCCAACAGGGCAGAGAGGCUAAUGGACGGAGAAAGUUUGCCACACACAUACGCCGACUACCGCGAGGCAUGCUUGGCUGUGAUAAGUACCCGACAACCGAUCGAGGACUGCACCAUGACUGGCUACCAAAAGGUGCACCUAGUUCACAAAACCAAAGCCGAGAGGACGAAGAACCGAAAAGAAAACGUUGAUCUCAGGUCGUUUGUCAGAGUGUUACGCCAAUACGGCUCCGUCGCGUUCCAACAGCCACGGCAAGUCUCCCGGUAA